AUGGUCUCUUCUGGCUUUGUGGACCUAACCCUUCUGAAGCGAUGGCUGAUAUCACUCUUCCCUCUCUUUCUGCUAGAGGCUGAUACUUAUCUUACCCGGUUCAGUGUCCCUCAGACAUACAAUUACUCUGUUCUUCUUGUGGAUCCUGAUUCCCAUACACUUUAUGUCGGCGCCCGGGACACCAUCUUUGCUUUAUCUCUGCCCUUCUCAGGGGAGAGACCUCGAAGGAUUGACUGGAUGGUGCCUGAGGCCCACAGACAAAACUGUAAGAAGAAAGGCAAGAAGGAGGACGAAUGUCACAAUUUUGUCCAGAUUCUCGCCAUUGGCAGUGCCUCUCAUCUCCUCAUUUGUGGCACCUUCGCUUUUCAUCCAAAGUGCGGGGUUAUUGUGAGUGACAGUGGGGGGGCUCUCUAUGCCGCCACUGUGAGAAACUUCCUGGGGACAGAGUCGAUUAUCUCCAGGGCUGUGGGCCCUGCUGAGGAUUGGAUUCAGACAGAGGAGUACUGGUUUGAAGAUCCAGCCUUUGUCGCAGCCAUGGCCUUGAGGCCAGCUGAGUGGGGGGAUGAAGAUGGAGACAAGGAAAUCUACUUCUUCUUUACGGAGACUUCUCAAGCCUUUGACUCAGACGAGCACCUUAAAGUUCCUCGGGUGGCCCGUGUGUGUGCGGGGGACCUUGGGGGCCUGAGGACGCUCCAGAAGAGGUGGACGACCUUUCUGAGGGCUGACCUGCGGUGUCCGGGGUCUGUAGAUGGCCGGGCCUCUAGUGUCCUGCAGGACAUGGCUAUUCUUCGACCUGAGACUGGAGUGGAGGCCCCCCUCUUUUAUGGCAUCUUUUUCUCCCAUUGGGAGGAGGCUUCCAUCUCUGCUGUCUGUGCCUUCCGACCACAAGACAUUCGGACAGUGCUUAAUGGUCCCUUCAGAGAGCUGAAAGAUGUCUGCAACAGGGGACAGCCUGUCAUGGACAGUGAUGUACCCCAGCCCAGACCUGGAGAGUGCAUCGCUAAUAACACGAAAUUCCAGCAGUUUAACUCAUCACUCUUCCUGCCUGACCAUGUGCUCACCUUCAUCCGGGACCACCCCCUCAUGUACAGGCCAGUGCUUCCAGCUGAUGGCCACCCCCUGCUGGUCACUACAGAUACAGUCUAUCUCAGAGUUGUGGCCCACAGGGUGGCCAGCCUCUCAGGGGAAGAGUAUGAUGUGCUCUAUCUGGGGACAGAGGAUGGACACCUCCACAGAGCUGUGCGGAUUGGAGCCAAGCUCAGUGUCCUUGAGGAUCUGGCCUUAUUUCCAGAGCCACAGCCAGUUGAGAAUUUGAAAUUGUGUCAAAGCUGGCUCCUGGUUGGCUCCCAUACUGAGGUAACACAAGUGAACACAACCAACUGUGGACGUCUCCAGAGCUGCUCAGAGUGCAUCCUGGCCCAAGACCCUGUCUGUGCCUGGAGCUUCCGGCUAUAUGCAUGUGUGGCCCAUGCUAACGAGCAUGGAGGGCUGGUCCAAGACAUAGAGUCAGCGAAUGUCUCUUCUUUGUGUCCUAAAGAGCCUGGAGAACACCCUGUAGUAUUUGAAGUUCUUGUGGCUACAGCUGCACAUGUGGUCUUGCCAUGUUCCCCAAACUCAGCCUGGGCAUCCUGUGUGUGGCACCAGCCCAGUGGAGUGACUGCUUUUACCCCCCGGAGGGAUGGGCUAGAGGUGGUGGUAACCCCAGGGGCCAUGGGUGCUUAUACUUGUGAAUGUCAGGAGGGUGGGGCUGCCCGCGUGGUAGCGGCUUAUAGCUUGGUAUGGGGCAGCCAAUUGGUCCCCUGGAAACGGUCCCUCACUAUGGGGACUGGACUGGCUGGCUUCUUUCUGGGGGUUCUUGCAGCAUCGCUGACUCUCCUUCUGAUUUGUCGACGUCAGCAGCGAAGGCGACAGAGGGAACUUCUGGCUAGAGACAAGGUGGGCUUGGACCCGGGGGCGCCGCCAUCUGGGACCACAAACUAUAGCCAGGAUCCUCCCUCCUCUCCUGAAGAUGAGCGCCUGCCCCUGGCUCUAGGCAAGAGGGGCAGUGGCUUUGGUGGCUUACCUCCACCUUUUCUGCUUGAUCCUUGCCCGAGCCCAGCCCAUAAUCAGUUAACUGGAGCUCCUCUGGCCACAUGUGAUGAAACACCCAUCAAGGGCUGGGAAAGUGACCGCUAGUGUAUGACUGGACAUUGGAAUGGAGUGACCAUUGAGAUGUUGGGGUCGCUGGGCCUGGAAAACCAUCAUGGCCUCUGAGUUCUCUUUGUCCUUUGAGUGAUCACUUGACUUCAGUGUCAGCCCUCUCUGGCCCUAGAUGGGUUCCAGGCCAGGCCUUUGUCUGUGUCCUGAUUCCUGAUUCCCAUGAGAGAUCAGAACUUCUCUCUGCAGUGAAUCAGGGCUUUUCCCACUCCUGCUCUCUGAACCCGGGUGAGCCCUUCAGUCCUGGCUCAUGAUUUUGGGCCCAUAAAUUUGGGGAGGGGCAUAGGACAUAGCUAUGACUUUACCUUCUGGUUGGACCCUGGCCAGAAGGAGGAGCUAUGGAGGUGGUUGGAAGCUAAUGUGCACUGAGUCCUUGGAGUGGUUUUGCUGAUUCUUCCAGUUAGUCUAACUCUGUGGAGAGUGCAUGAUCCCCUUCCACCGCACUUUUCCUUCUUCCAUGAAAGAGCAUGUGUAUAUAUGAGUGUUCAUAGGACACCUGCCAAAUGUGCAUGAAUGAUGGGGCUAUUGCUCAGGUGUAUUCAUCAGGGUAAGGAGGGGUAAGGUUGGGGUGGGGGGGUUGACUGCAGAACUUUAUACCCUAUAGCCAGUGAAGGAAUGGCUUUCUAAAAGGAAAUAAACAACUGCCCCCACUCCUCCAAUCACUUCUCACAACCCUUCUCUUGAGUUGAGAAACACUCCCAAAGAGGCCUUCUGGGUGGGAAGGGUAGCAGUACAUGUGACCCCAUAUUUCAGUUUUUUUUUGCCUCCUGGCUGCCACCACUGCCAUGCACAGCUGCUCUCUUUCUCUGGCUGGAGCGCAGGCUGGACCCCCUUUCUUUUUGGCUCCCAUUAAAAAUAAGUUUCACAACAUUCUAAAUAUUAGGGAACAACAGAAGGGGAUUAGUCAGGAAAUACAAGCAGUGUAAAGAUAAGUUUGUAUUAGUGACUUUACUCAG